GUGAGCAUCGCACAUAGAGUCGCCCUGGUGGAGUGUGGCAAGCCGUAUUGAUGUUGCUCGUGUUGGUGCGCGGCCGGAAAGCGGCAACAUCUCGUACUUAGCCGGCCAAGCUUAAAUCGCGAAAUGGUGACCGCAAAUGGAUAGGCUUCAAGGGCCCAUAAAUAUUAUAUAUUUUUCGGUGGCCUGCUCAGAUUUCAGUGCCUAUGAAAUGGAAAAUAAUCAAUCGGUGAUUGCAUAGUGAAGUGAUCAGUAAUCAAACUCAAGUGGCUAGAAAGGCAAAAAAGCAAACAGAGAAAAGUAACCUAGGCACAUGCAACAACUGGAUACGGAUACGCUUUUCAAGCCCUGAAAAGCCGCCGACCCACGAACCCACCCACAAGUCAAGAUGCAUCUGUUUCUGGUGCUGAUCUCGUGCCUGGUGAGCUCCACGCACUGCUGGCAGUUCGACGGCGGAGGUCAUCGGCGGCCCAGGAACUCGGGAAGGGGUCCACCGCCCUCGUCCGGAGGCAGGGGAUCCGCCGCAUUGCUGGGAUCCCAGCAGCAGGACAUCCUAUACGCCUGUCCACUCAACUCCAUGUGCCAGUGCGCAGGGCUGCCCAACGAGACAAGCACACUGAUUGAGAUUAAUUGCAACGAGGUGGCCCUGUACAAGUUUCCAGAGUUCAUGCAUAGCAGUGUGCGCUACAUCGAAAUGUCCAACACUCAUCUGCAAAGCGUCGACGAUGAGACCUUCCAGGGACUGCGUCUCAAGACACUGAAGCUAAUCGACAACGAACUGCAGGACAUAUCCGAGCGGAGUUUCAGCACGAUGACACACUCGCUGAUGACAUUGGAUAUCUCUGGCAACAAGAUGCAGCACUUGCCACUGGAUGCACUGCAGCGAUUGCAUUCCCUAUCGCGACUGGUGGCGCAACGCAACCACAUAACCACCUUGGAUGGCAAUUGGGAUGCCCAGCACGAUACCCUCCGAUCGCUUCAUUUGUCCGACAAUGAUAUUACGGAAGUGGCGCCCGGAGGUGGAUCGAUGGAGGUGGUUUCCCAGAACGACAGCAGUUCCCAGCCAUCGAGCUUGGCCGCCGUGCAGACGAGAUUGGAGACGAGUAAUUCCCUUUACCCACCGUCACCCAGUUCCGGUGACCGAAUGGCAGGGGGUCGUCCCUUCGAGCAGCUGCAGAAACUACUCUGGUUGGAUCUGUCCAACAAUCGUAUAUAUCACGUGGCUGGGAACUACCUUCCACGAUCCUUGGUGACCAUGGACUUGUCCAGCAAUCUGCUCACGGUCUUCCCCCAGCAACUCUUCGAACAACUGCCGGAGUUGCGUAUUGUAAGCCUGAGGGAUAACCUGUUGCGAAGUGUGCAGUGGAAGGAACUGCAAGUGAGACCGCUGCGAAUGCACCUGGAACGCCUGGAUCUGGGCCAGAACUGCAUUGAAAGCCUGGAAUCGGAUUAUUUCCAGCAGAACUACUCGGAUGUUCAUCUAAGGGCCCUAAAUCUGGAGCAGAACUUCGUGACCCAGUUGCCGGAGGCGGUAUUCAAGGCCACGGGCAUAGCCCACCUGGUACUAGCCUUCAAUGCGAUCAGUCGCGUGCAUCCUUCGGCUUUUGAGGGCCUAACGGAAACUCUGGAGUACUUGGAUCUCGAGAGGAAUCGUCUCACCACGGUGCCGGUGGCCCUAUCCUCGUUGCACCACCUGAAAUACCUCUACCUGACUUCCAAUCAGAUAAGUCAGCUCAGCAAUCUUCCCUCGUUCACCGAAAAUCUCCGCGUACUUAGUCUGAGUGGUAAUAACUUCACAAUGAUCCCCGUUCUUGGCCUGAAAAACUACACACAACUGUCUUACUUGAACAUGGGUUACAACUCCAUUCCGGACAUCCCCGAGGGCAUAUUUGCCGUGGAUUCCUGGGGCAGCAAUCUGCAGACUAUUCUACUGCGGAAUAACAAGAUUACCCAUCUCCACCUGGGCUCCUUUGCGGGACUCGAGCAGAUUCAGGAGAUUAGUUUGAGUUUUAACGACAUCACUAUACAUCAUCCGCUGGUUUUUGAGAAUGUCUCCAAGACUCUCAAAAUUCUGGAACUCUCGUUCGCCGUCUUUCCUGCCAGAAGUCUAGAGAGUCUCGAUCCACUGGAUGCCCUGUUGCCGCUUUCCCAGCUCAUUUGGCUGGGUCUGGACAAUAACAACCUGAAGCACGUCUCCAAUGAGUCCUUCGCACAGAUGAGGGAACUGAGCUACAUCAAUCUGAGCUUCAACCAGCUGAAAACACUGCCCCACGGACUCUUUCAGUCCGAUGUUCACAGCCACCUGGUGGAAAUUGAUUUAUCCUACAAUGCCCUGGAGCGACUGGAGGCGCAGACGUUUCAUAGCCUCGGGGAUUUGCAGACACUCAAUCUGCAAUCGAACCGCCUGAGGACAAUAGCCCGCCACGCCUUUCACAACCUGGAGUUCCUACGCUACUUGGACUUGUCACACAACCGUCUGGUCAACAUCUCCCACGGAGCCUUCACGGUUCUGCCCAAUCUGGCUGCCCUGGAUCUGAUGCACAAUCAAUUGUGCUCACUGUCCUUGAAGUCCUUCCUCUAUGUUUCCAAUACUACCACGCCACUGCGCCUCAAUGUGAGCCACAAUCACAUAAACAGCUUUUACGACGAGCUGAGCAGCUACAUGUACAUCUACCAGCUGGACAUCAGUCACAACCAUGUGACCAAGUCGGAUAGCUUUACGAACCUGGCCAACACGCUGCGGUUCCUCAACCUGGCCCACAACCAGCUGGGAUCUCUGCAGAGCCACGCCUUCGGGGACUUGGAGUUCCUGGAGAUCCUCAAUGCGGCCCACAAUAAUCUCACCUCGCUGAGGCGUCGCAGUUUUCAGGGCUUGAACAGCCUGCAGGAACUGGAUCUGAGUCACAAUCAAUUGGACCAGUUACAGGUGGAACAGUUCUCGAAUCUGCGGAAACUGCGAGUCCUGCGCAUCAAUUCGAAUCGGUUGAGGGCACUGCCGCGGGAGGUGUUCAUGAACACUCGCCUGGAGUUCCUGGACAUAGCCGACAAUCAGUUGAGUGUGUGGCCAGUGCCGGCCUUCACGGACAUCGGGUUCACCCUACGCUCCAUCCAGAUGUCCCACAACAAUCUGGAGUACCUGGACGCCUCGAUGUUCGUCAACUCGCAGUUCCUGUACGACAUCAGUUUGGCCCGCAACCGCAUCACCAUUCUGCCGGACAAUACGUUCAGUUUCCUGAACAAUCUGACCAACCUGGACCUGUCACAGAAUCCCCUGGUUACCACCAACCUGCGCGAGGUGUUCGUGCACACGCCGCGCCUGAGGAAACUCAGCCUGCACCACAUGGGCCUGUAUGUCCUGCCGCCGCUGAAGCUGCCCCUGCUCUCCUACCUGGACGUAAGUGGUAACUAUCUGCAGGAGCUGUCACCACUGGGUUCCCUGCGACAUCUGCGUCACGUCAAUGUGUCGCACAACAAACUCACAAAUGCCAGUUGUGCGGCAGAGCACCUGCCGCCUUCGGUUAGAGUGUUGGACCUGGCCCACAAUCCACUGCGCCGGAUAACGUUGCACGAUCUGGCCAGUUUGCGGCACCUGGCCGAGCUGAAUAUCCUGGAUGUGAAGGUGACCAAUCCGCAGGCCUUCGCCAAGCUGCGUUCGCUGAGGAAGCUGCAUGCCAGUUCGCAUGCGAAUCUCGGCGAGAUUGUGUCCAGGAUGCCGGGUCUGCAGCAAUUGAGGGUGCACUGCCUGGAGCCGAACAUUGGGCAGCAGCUCUUCGCCAGGCUGGCGAAUAACACGAAAAUCCGGCUACUCGAGCUUUAUGGCGGCAAUGUGCAGACCAUCGCUCCGGAUGUCUUUACCGGACUGUCGCGCAACCAGCGGCUGCAGGUGAAGAUCUCGCACACCCGCAUCUCCGACCUGCCGCCGGGCAUCUUCUACGCCCUGCGCGAGGUGCCUCACCUGUCCAUCGACAUCUCGCACAAUCGCAUCAACGCCCUGGCCGCCGACAGUUUCUAUCCGAACAAGAGCUACUGGGAUGCCGUGGGAACACGGAGCAUCAUGGGCGGCCUCAUCACCGCCCACAAUCCGCUGGAGUGCGAGUGCGGGCUGGUCUGGUUUGGCCACUGGCUGCGACGAUGGCUGAGGGAAUCCGCCCAGAUCAAGGUCAUCCAGAAGGACGACCUCAAGCGCAUGGUUCAGCGCGCCCGUGCCAACACCUGCCACGAUCCGACAUCCGGUCGGCACCUGCCCAUCCUGGAGAUCUUUCCCGAGGAUCUGCUGUGCCAGGCCAGCGCACUGAGCAGUUCCGGCCAGCGGAUAUUCCUGUUGUCCUUCGCGAUGGCACUUCUGCUGCCCGCUGUGAUGACCACCAUGACCCUCUGAUGUUGGCUUUAGUUGCCGGAGAAGUAUGUUCUUUGCACUUCGAACGGGAGGAGGAGGUGGCCGUCCUAACUGACUCCGCUCCUGAAGAUAACCAACUGACGGUCACUUGUAUGAUAUGUACAUAUAUAAAUAUACAUAAAACCUUAAACUAAUCGGUAGCUACGAAUUUUUGGGAUUUAGCUAAUUGUGAGAGGCAGCCCCGUAACAAUAAAGAUACAGUUAAUUGAAAGACAAGCAAAUCGGUUUAUGUCCACUCGUAAUUUAUAAGUUUUAUAUAAAUACGAACAAAGUAUAUUUAUAAGUAGUGGGACAAGUCAUGUGCUGGGCUGAUAGACUUUUCAGUUUUACGUUCAAGUUUCUUCCAACUACUGACUCUAAUUUUUAUUGAGAAAAUGUAUUAAGCUCGUCACCAAAAGUAAUUUCUUCCGCUCAGAGACUUCCAGCAAAAAGUUAAACUUACAUAGUUGUCUAAACUUGAAACUUAUUCAUCCGAAUAAACUGCCCUUUACCCUUCUCCUUUUGUCGCCCAAUGCAUGACGUUGUGUCUUGGCCAACAUUUGAAGUAAUUAAUGCAAUUGAUUACGUACACAGAACCAUACAUACACCAGCGAACAUAUGAUGAUUCCUAACACACUCACACAUUUAGAGCCUAGUUAAUAAACAGUUUUGCAUCUCCAUAGAUCAACCUAGAAUCGUAAGUUGUUAAUAAUAGUUACAUAACUAUUUUUAAAAAGAAUUCGCAAACGAAACUAAUAAUAUGAAGUCUAGUUUUAUUUGCCUAUAAUUUACAAUUUAGACAAGGCCAAUAAGUACAUUAAUUAUAAAUAUAAAUACACAUUUAGAUAAAUCGAGAUAUAUAUAUAACGAUAUAUACUAAUAAUAUAAACAAUUAUUGGAUAGCAAUUAUCAAUGGUUUUUUAAGCAAGAGUAGCGAACAUUGCACAACUAACAGCAAAACUAGAAAAACAGUUUGCAAACUUUGCGGGCAGUCAAAUUUUAACAACACAACAUGCAGACAUAUAUAAGUACAUAUCAGUUUGGCAAAAAAGAAUAAUAAUGGUAAAAUAAUGAAAAACAUAAUCGUGUCAUAUACAGACAUACACAACUCCAAGCAAUUUAACGGAGAGGAAUAAAUUACAAAAUAAAAACUUUCCCUUUGUUUUUUUCGUUCAUUACUCACCAAUUCAUUGAAUUUUUUUAUUUCCACCUUUUUAUAUUAUUUCAGUUACAACAAUGACAAUCGUGAUACUAAUUGUAGUUGUUUACACGACGAUGAUGCAAAAUGCACAAGUAAAAUAAUAAUGAUAUUGAUAAAUAAACUAUUGAAUGAGACAAAGUGAACAAAUGAAUUAUGGCAAAACAAACACUUUGAAAAAGCUGCUGGUAAUGCAAUUUUUUACCUAACCAUUAUUUAAGUUUUUCACCCAACCCCAACAGCCCAAACAAAACAAAAACCAAAAUGGAAUUUUUAUCAAAUAAUAUUGUACAUAUCGCAAACGGAAUGGAAUGUUCAUUAUGUUUAUUCAAGCCAGCCUUUAUUUCCAAUUAUUUUUUCAUUUAAUACACAGCGGCUAAAAAAUACGAAAUUUAAAAAAGGAGAAGUUAAAGUAGUGAAUGGAAAACAGAAAAUGAA